ACAUUAAGCUUUUCAAUUUUUUUCCAGCUAUUUCCAAAAGUAAAGCCCCCCCUCUCUCUCUCUCUCUCCAGAUUUACAACUAUUAUUACUCUGUUAAAACAAUGCUUUGCUUGCAUUUUUAGUUUUUGUUCUUUUGUUUUUCAGCUCAAUAUCAUGAUGUUUUUUCUCAGCUUCUUCCUCAUUAUUUCUUCAUAAUUCACUUCAUAUUUGAUUGGAGGUUUAUGUAUUGGUUAUGCAGAGUGUGUUUCCAAAGAAAGAGUAGAUUGAAGAAAAGGGUUACAGUUUGGAUCAAUGGGUGGGAAGAGAUCUGUGUUAGGGUGCUUGAAUUUGGAGAUCUUGGUGGGGAUUUUGUUAAUUUUUGCUGUUCAGCUUUCAGAUGAAACUGACCCCGGAGAUGUUGCUGCAAUUAAUGCCUUACAUGCUUCCCUGGGAUCACCUCCCCUUCCUGGCUGGGGUGUCGGUGCAGACCCAUGUGAUGGACAAUGGCAAGGGGUCGUAUGCCAGGAGACAAAUAUAAUAUCCAUUCAAUUAAAUGCUGCUAACUUGGCAGGUGAACUAGGGGAUAACUUAGCAUCAUUUUCUUCUCUCAAAACGAUAGAUCUGAGUAACAAUCACAUCGGCGGAACCUUCCCAUCCAGUCUGCCAGUUACAUUGCAGAAUAUUUUUCUUUCAGAUAAUGAUUUAGCCGGAAGUAUCCCCAGUUCUUUAUCUUCCCUAAGUCAACUGUCAGCAAUGUCUCUCAAUGGAAACCAACUGACUGGAGAACUUCCUGAUUCCUUUCAAGGCCUUACAGCAUUGGUUAAUCUUGAUUUGUCAAGUAACAGUUUCAGCGGAGCUUUGCCGUCAUCAGUAGGAAACUUGUCCUCCCUGACCACUCUACAUGUGCAGAAUAACCAGCUUUCUGGAACUCUCGAUGUUUUACAAGAUCUUCCCCUCGCAGAUUUGAAUGUGGAGAAUAACCUGUUUUCUGGGCCCAUACCUCAGAAGUUGUUAUCUAUUCCCAAUUUCAAAAACACUGGAAAUCCUUUCAACAGUGUCUCUCCUUUGUCUCCACCCAACAGUAGUAUUGCCCCUUUGUCUCCACCUACUUCAUUUACGAGACCCCCUCCAGCACCACCAGGACCACCCUUUUUUAAGCCUCCAACUUCAACACAGACACCACCGACUUCAGACAGAAAACCUGGACAAAAAGCUGAUGGACCAUCAGCAACUGCAGAAUCUAGUUCAAAAGGAAGCAAAAAGUCUGUUAAAAGGGUAGUCUGGAUAUCCAUUGCAUCAGUUUUGUCAUUUAUAAUAUUGGUAAUAGCAAUCCUGCUCUUUCUGCCAAGAUGCUUUAGGGAAAGGCAAGAAACUAAUUGGUCCAGACGGCACGGAAUAGCUCCUUAUGUGGGCUCCAGGGAGAAUCGUAGGGAUAAUGGUUUAUUGGUCCUACCUGGACAUGAUGUAGAGAAAGCUCCUCCUCUGGUGAGGCCAAAGGAAGAGCAACAACCAAGGAGACCGGCCCGCACUCCCAUGCCACAGCAGGAGCAGGAGUUAAAUGUGCAAAACCUGAGGGCAGUACCAAAGAAGGAUACUAGUGAGAUAAACCUAAGCAGAAUUGAUAUUGAUUCGAUGUUGCCACCACCUCCACCCCCACCACCACCUCCGCCACCGCCACCACCCUUUUCUCAAGAGAGAGUUAUUGUGAAGCCAAUUCCACCUGCCGACAAUACUUCAAUGAAGUUUCCCCACAGGCCACUUCCACUAACUUCUGUGAAAUCUUACACAAUCGCAUCUCUUCAGCAAUACACCAACAGCUUUUCUCAAGAUAAUCUGAUAGGAUCAGGAAUGCUGGGAACUGUGUACAGGGCAGAGCUUCCAAAAGGGAAGUUACUUGCUGUCAAGAAGCUGGACAGAAGAAUUUCCAAUCAACAGAAGGAUGAUGAGUUUCUUGACCUAGUAAACAAUAUUGACAGAAUUCGUCAUGCUAACGUUGUCGAGUUGAUGGGCUAUUGUGCAGAGCAUGGUCAAAGGCUUCUGGUUUAUGAGUAUUGCAGUAGUGGGACACUACAAGAUGCGCUGCACUCUGAUGAUGAAUUCAAGCAACAACUUUCAUGGGAUACACGGAUCCGGAUGGCUCUUGGAGCUGCAAGAGGCUUGGAGUAUCUCCAUGAGGUCUGCGAGCCACCUAUUAUCCACAGAAACUUCAAAUCUGUCAAUCUUCUCCUUGAUGAAGAGUUGGCUGUGCAUAUCUCUGACUGUGGUUUAGCUCCACUGAUAUCAUCAGGUGCCGUGAGCCAGUUGUCAGGACAACUUCUUACAACCUAUGGCUAUGGUGCCCCAGAAUUUGAGUCAGGGAUUUACACUUCUCAGAGUGAUGUUUACAGUUUUGGCGUGGUGAUGCUGGAACUCUUAACGGGCAGAAUGUCAUAUGACCGAACUCGAAGUCGAGGAGAGCAAUUCUUGGUCAGAUGGGCAAUCCCUCAGCUACAUGAUAUUGAUGCCUUGACAAGAAUGGUUGAUCCUUCUCUCAAAGGAAAGUACCCACUUAAGUCAUUAUCACAUUUUGCUGACAUAAUUUCCCGCUGCGUUUUGCCUGAGCCUGAAUACAGGCCACAAAUGUCAGAAGUGGUUCAAGACCUCAUACAAAUGAUAAGAAGAGAAUCUCCCAGUAGAUCCGAUGAAGAAUGAUUUGAACCAGACAUGCAUGCUAUAGCAGAUUCAGGCAUGGAGUAACCAAGACUUCCAAGAUUUUUUUACUUUUGCAAAGAACUUAACUCGAACUGAGAUACUUGGAACCAAAGAUUUUGAGGCUGUAGAUGCAGUGCCCUGCCAGCAAAGCUUCAUACCUCCAAGACAAAGGGCUGGCUAGAAACUGCACGAUUUCCACCAACACAGCUCGGGUUAUCCUGAUUCUUAGUACAAUUUUUUGCAAUCAUUCUAAUGUUCAUUUAUAGUCCAAACAGAAACCACAAUGCAUAAAAUGCACUAACCCCAUUGUUUUGAGAGCUUAUUUAUGGUUGUUAAUUGGUAUAUCUGAAGUUGUAAAUCUUUAUUUGUUCUGCUGUACAUUUUCAAUUGUUUGUACAAGAAUAUUCUUCACACUUU